CCCCCUAGGCCCGACGAAAAAAUUGUUUUUAUCAAAUGCCGGAUCUUAUCUGAUGGAAGAUAUCUGAUCGAUCUGAUAAUCGUCUCUGGUCACUCCUGUUGCUUGAGCUCUUUGCCACCCCUUCGGGGCUUAAUUGGACCAUCUACCCCUUCUGACUCUAUUUUCUCACAAUGGCGACCGAUACGAAAGGGUUGGAACAGGAGAAUGUGUAUGCGGUGGACAACGAUGACAAAGCCGAAGUCGAUUCGCAAACCGAGGUACUGCGAGCUGCUGGCAUUGGCAUUUCCGAAGAUGAUCCGACGGAGCCUGUAUUGACCCUACGUAUGUGGGUGCUUGGUGUCGGCUUCUGUAUCAUCGCCAGUGGACUCAACACUUUGUACACCCUUCGCAACCCGUCCAUCACGAUCUCGGCCACCGUUAUUCUUCUGCUUGCAUACCCGUUGGGAAGGCUCUGGGAAAAGGUCAUACCCAGUUGGGAUGUGCCUUUGGGGCCGUGGAGUUUCAACCUGAACCCGGGACCGUUCAACCAAAAGGAACAUGUGUUGAUCUAUAUGAUGGCAAAUCUUAGUAUCUACGUCCGACUGGGCGCCGAUGUCUUGACCGAACAGCAGAUGUUCUACGGGUAUCACGCGGGUUGGGGCUUCCAAAUGCUCAUCACCUUUGGAACAUUCCUGAUCGGAUUCUGUUUGGCUGGGUUUUACCGUGCCCUUGUGGUAGAACCUCGGGAGCUGGUCUGGCCUGGCGUCCUCAGUUGCACCGCUUUGACAACCACCCUGCAUCAAGUGGGACAAGGUGAUGUGCAAGGACUGAACGCGACGUGGAAGAUUUCGCGUUACGGAUUCUUCAGCCUGGCAUUUUGUAUCUCGUUCGCCUGGUACUGGUUCCCGGAUUUCAUCUUCCCGGCGUUGAGCUACUUCACCUUCCCUUGUUGGAUCAAUCCCAAGAGCACUGUGGUCAACCAACUAUUCGGCAUGAAGAGUGGCAUGGGUUUAUUGCCGCUUACCUUCGACUGGAGUCAGAUCUCUUACGUCGGAUCUCCGUUGUUGAUUCCAUCAUGGGCCAUUAUCAAUGUCUUUGCGGGCCUGGUAUUCUGGAUUUGGAUUGUGACGGUCGCAUGCUAUUAUAUGAACGUGUGGUAUACCGGGCAUCUGCCGUUUCAGAGCUCGUCGGUGUACGACAAUACUGGCGCCGCUUACAAAGCAUCCAAGGUCGUUAGUGCGGCGACUGGGUACAAGCUGGACUUGAAAAAGUACAAAGCAUACUCACAUGUAUAUACCCCUAUUACCUACGCCCUCAACAUGUUCGGACUGUCCUUUGCGACGUUGAGCUCGCUGCUUGUGUGGACGUUUCUCGAAAAGCGAGAUGUUAUGGCCGCUGCUGCGCGCAGAAUUCCCCAGCUGAUCCGCAGGUCCUUCUCCAGCGAGCAAGGGGAAGCCGAGAAAGACGGCGCACAUCCUGGGGUGCCCAUGUGGUGGUAUUUAUUGACGGCCACUAUCGCGCUUUUUGUGACGAUAUUUGCUGUCGAGUACUGGCAUGUUGAGCUGCAUUGGUACGGUGUUCUGCUGGCUUGUGCUGUUGCCAUGGUCUUCUACGGACCGCUGGCGUUAGUUUAUGCCACAUCUAACCUCAAGAUCAACAUUGAUAUUCUCUGCCGUAUCAUUGCCGGGUUCGUCUUCGAAAACCGUAUCCUGGCCAAUAUCUGGUUCUUUGACAUUGGAUACAUUACCACCAUCAAAGGUCUUUAUUUUGCCCAGGACAUGAAAUUAGGCGACUAUUGUCACGUUCCCCGGCGCAAAGUCUUCAUAGUUCAAGUGGUCGGCAUGAUCGCAGGCACACUCAGCUCCGUCAGCGUUUUGAAUUGGGGCCUGGGCCACAUUGAGGGCGUGUGCACGACCACCGCAGUCAAUGGGUUCAGCUGCCCCUAUUCCCGCACCCAUUUCAACACCAGUCUGAUCUGGGGUGCAAUCGGCCCUCGCAACUUCUUCAACAACGGCAUCGGCUACAGCUCCCUGCUGUACUUCUUUAUAAUCGGGGCCAUUCUCCCAAUUCCCGUGUACUACCUCCAGCGCCGCUAUCCUAACUCUUUAUGGCGCCGGGUCCAUAUUCCCUUGUUCGUUGGCGGGUUGAACUACCUGCCGCCGGCAACGGGCACGAACUACGGCAGCUGGGCGAUCGUGGGCCUCACCUUCGGUAUUCUUAUUCGGAAGCGGCUGUACCAGUGGUGGUACAAGUACAACUUCGUGCUGAGUUCGGCGCUGGACUCGUCGGUGUCGAUUGCAGGGGUGGUGAUAUUCUUUGCCAUCUUCUAUAGUGGCGCGUCGUCGCAUUUCAGCUGGUGGGGGACGGAAGUGUAUAAGGAUACAUGUGAUUGGAAGGGAUGCCCGCACUUGCCUCUUCCGAAAAGCGGGAAAUUUGGUGUAUAGGGCUGCAUUGGUGGCUUGGGGCGAGUGGGCCAUGUCGUGGUUGAGGGUACGAGAGAAGUUUUCGGAUCACUGCUGCGGUGUAGAGUAUUGCGUGACCAAAAUGCACAUAUUCAUAUUCUAGCGUGGUCUAUAUUAUAGACCCUAAUUAUCAUUUUGAACGAUUAUGUGCUGU